UCGUGUUAAGAGGUAUUGUACUGGAUGUCGAAACGCACCGUUCUAUUUUCAAAUAGUUCUUCUCUCUAUAACGUCUUUCACUUCAGAUUAGUGUCUAUUGCAAUCAGUUGCAAUUAAUAAAUUGGAUAUUUUAUAUUUGUAGCCUGAGAAUGAGAAGUGAAAGGGUCGUUGUACCUGGUGAUCUAAUAUGCUCCUCUGAUGCUACCCGAAAAAGUGGCUCAUCAACAUAUCUUUCCUCUGGCAACAUCCUGUCAAGUGCUUUUGGAUUUGUCAAGGAGGAAUCGCAUGCCGAUGGAACAAAAACUUAUUCGGUAGACCCACUGAAACCCGCUGGCGUAGUGCCUAACAUAGGCUCACUGGUAUUGGCAAAGGUAUCUAGUAUUACAUGGAAAUUUGCUCGCUGUGACAUAUUUGCCGUUGGGGAUACUUGUCUUGCAGGACCGUUCAAGGGUCUUAUUAGACGAGAGGAUAUUCGUGCUACUCAGAGGGAUCAGGCGGAACCAGGUGAUUGGUUCAAACCAGGAGAUAUUGUGCGGGCUCGUGUAAUCAACCUUCUGGGACCCGGAGCAUAUGCAAAUGCAGGUUCAAUUAUGUCUAGUACUUCGUCCCAGACCUUAUCUACUUUGUUAACUACUCAAGCUUUAUCUUGUUCUCUCGCGGCCACAAGUGACGCAAACUUGGGUGGAUCUAAUUCUGUUUGUCUUUUAUCCACUGCUGAACCGGAUUUAGGAGUUGUUAUUGGUCUUGGAAGGUCUUCUGAAAGUGAUUUAUCAGAACUUGUUGGCAGUACAAGUGGUUCUCCUCUUGUUCCUGUUGGAUGGACUGAAAUGUUGUGUCCCCACACACUAGCUCGAUAUCGUCGAAAAGUCGCUCGUGUACCUGAUGAACUUGUAGCUCAGUUGACUUGUGCUAAACUUGAAUAAAUUAUUUAUAAUAAAUUCUGUUCUGGUUUUUAGAAUUGUGUACCUUGUAUUGUGUUGCAUUUUUCUCUUGUACUGAUAACACUUCGGAGACUGUGUUCACAGAAUUGAGCUUCAUGCUCUAAUUUCU